AUGCCGGACGCCGUCCAAUCCUCAGAACACCACCAAGACGACGAAUUUCUCCCCAAGUCACCCCUCUUAGAAGCCCGAACUGCGAAGGCACCACAAUCUACAACACCACCACGUCCAGCCAACUUUGAUCGAACUCCCAGCAAGCGUCGCACAAGCAUUUCGCAACCAAACCCUCUAGCAUUUGAUACACAAGUGCCUGCAGAGACAUACCGACCUUCUAGCUCGAGAAAACGUGCGCCUCCACUGUUGUCGUUUCCGAAGAACUUUAACCAGGAAUACGCUAUUAGGCCGUCGUUAUCUAGACGCCCUUCGUCUAGUGGUCAGGAGAAUCCCUUCGCAGCUUCAUCUAUAAAGUCGCCCUCCGUAAUAUCGCCUGACCCAUGGGAUUUACUUACUUUCGAGGAUCCAUGGGACUUGCGUACUGUCGAAAGUGCGAGCGGUAACAUGAUUCAUGAGAAGAACUACAGAGUAGCUCAGAGGAGGCCAUCUGCAAGACGCAGACUGUCCUCAACUAUGACACCAGCUCAGCUAGCAGACCAGCAACGCCUAAUCGAAUUUGAGAAGGCGAUGAUGCGUAGUGAGAGGCAGGCUGCAGAAGCUCGAGAACGAGAUGAACAACUAGCGGCACCCUUUAAGAACCAACAUGAGAAACCUAGGUACUGGGACCCGCGUGGUGGUACUCGCAGACUAUCCUCAUCCAUGACACCGACUCAGCUAGCAGAUCAGCAACGCCUAAUGGAACUUGAGAAGGCGCAGAGGCGUAGUGAGAGGCAAGAGACAAUAAAAAUGCUACAGUUUCCUGUCGAUUAUAGCCCGCAAAAAGCGGCAGAAGAGAACGACAGGCGCGUGCGUUUCGAACUUGAUCGUGCAGACAGUCGCGCAAUGGAGAGAGCUGAAGAAGUGAUGGCUGAAGAGGAAAAGGCCCGGUCGGUAGCCAGAGAGGAGUCUCGCCAUCCUGAAGCAGAAAAUCAGCGCUUGCUCGAUACUACAGCUGAGCCUAAAGCCUUACCGAGCAGCCGCGAUCCAUUUCACGAACAGAUCCACAAAGCAGCUGAGAUAACCCCGAUAAACCCACCAGUUCUUACUGGUAGUGGAGCAUCCCUAGUUCAAACACGUCGCCCAUCGCGUAGUAGCAGCCGCCCUUCUACUCGGGACGGCCAAAGGCCUGAGAUUAUCAUUGAGUAUGGUUCUAAGAAAGACAAGACUAAGACUAAAAAAUACCCAUCGAUCUCUGUCUCCAGUAAACCAUUUGAUCGGUCUUCCCUCGACUCCAGGGGAUCUCACGAAGCAGCUAUCGAGUCAGACUCAAAAGAUUCUGAAGCCUCGAAUACUUUGCGAACGGGCUUUCCAGAAGUUCCUAUGUCUACAUUAGCCUCCAGCUCUAGAAAGUCCAAGGAAGCAGAUAUCAAGUUGAUUGAUCCUUUUGAUUCGGACAAUCAUGAUCCUAUACAUCAGGGCCAUCAUAGAACAUACGGGACGUCGCUUGAAAUUCCUUCUCAACGCAACCAAGCCAACCAAAGCCGUUCCUUGGGGUUUGAUAUAGCACACCUCACGAACGAGGUUGAAGCUGGAAUUGAGAAUUCUAGUGGAAGAACGAGCAAAAAGGAAGCUGGUAGCGAACAACCUGUAGCUCAGAACGCCGAAACUGCAAUGAGAAUUCCUAGAGCACGAUCCGAAAUACCGCCACCCCUGCCUCCUCCACGUCAUAUCGACACCAGUGGAAGAGACCCUGGUUGGCAAUGGGGUAACACAAACAGCCCAAGGGACACCGGCUUUGGCGGAAAUCGGCUCGCGACAGUUAGACCUGGUUGGCAGUGGAACGGUGGAGCCACAGGCAGCUAUCCGCGGGAGCCUUCGGUCGAAAUAUUUAGCCCUGCCCGCUUACCUUCCGUCAUGGAAGACACACAGACUGCGGCUGAAGAAGUUCAUAAUGAGCCUCCCGGAAGACACGUUGCGCCUAUUAAAGGUAUCCUUCGCAAAGCUACCGAAAAGUUCCCCGAGGACCCUGCACUCGUCCGCGAGGGAGUUGCACCAUACAAGGACGCCUUAAAGGACAAGUACAUUCCCAUCGGAGCCCGAUGGACAAGAAUUGAUCGCCGCCUAGUUAACCCUGAGGCUUUAGAGGAAGCUAAGGAGCGUUUCGAAGAGCGCGUAGAUUGCGUGAUGGUUCCGCGUGUCUUGACUAGGGAGGAGAUACAGAAGCUGGCCAACCGUACGAAAGCAAUCCGGGAGCGCCGCGAGGCCACCGAUGAGGCUCGUGAGCCGGAAUCCAUCGCUAUGAAUGCUGAUGACAAUGACGAACUGGGAGCAGAUAAGACUUACACAGCACCUCGAUCUGCCAUAGAGCCUUUCUCUAUUGACCCUUCAUUCGGAGAUUCACAUCAUAGUUACGGGGAUUUUCAUGGGCUUCCGGAAGUUCCCGAUGAACUUCUGCAGGACUCAGAUCUACCACAAAUUAACCACGCGUGCGAUAAGCUCCAUGAAGAGGGAGUUAACAGCACUCAUGCGGAAGGCAAUGCGUCUACACCGUAUACUCAAGAAGCCGGUGUUCAGGAGCUCCUAGUCGGGGGCGCCGUUAUAUUUGGCGGAGGAGAGAAGAAGGAAUUAUCUAGAGAGAAGAGAGACCGUGAGAAGGGAGAGAAAGAGCGUUCAGCGAAGGAAGCUGCUGAACAAGCAGAGAGGGAGCGUCCUAAGCGUACGGAAGAGGAGGGACGCUUAGAACAGGAACGCAUUCAGCGUGAAGAAGAGGAAAGUAUUGCGGCAGAAGGAGCUGAGCGUGCUGCUAAAGAACCUGAAGCAGCACGUACGGCCGCAGAAGAGGAAGAAGCUGAGGCAAGUUCUGGAUGGGGCAGCUUAGGGUCUGGUUUCUACAGGAGGAAGAAGGGAAAGAAUUGGAUAAAGACGAAGACGCCUAAGCGAGAGGCUGAAGAAAAGAAGGAGCAUGAAGAGAAGGAGCAACUGGAAGGUGAAGCUAGAGAAGCUGCUAAAGCCGCUGAAUCCGCCGAGGCUCAAGACCUCAAUCAGAUAUUCAAACAGACAGUAGGUAUGAUUCUUGAGGAUCAGAACUUCAUGCGAAUAAUGAAAGCACCUCUUGACCCCGAGGACUUCACACCGGGAGACGAUUUGCCAUGGGAUCCGGAGGAUACAACAACUACCUUCAACGAGAUGCGAUCCGAGAUUUCUGGGGAGGACGAAACCUCAGACCAUGAAGUAGGAGGGAUAAGAGACGAAGGAGCUACAAGGAAUGUGCUUAAAGAGUUUGAACAAGCUCGGCCUCUUCCCACUCACCCCGUCGAAAGCUGGUUGAAGACGACACUUGUGAAUGAAAGUACUUUUGAGAACUUUGAGUGGGACUACAAUGACAGCGCGUCAGGGCCGUCUUCUUACGCAGCGUCGGUUGCUUCGAUCUUUUCGGUGGCGUCUCUAGCAUCAUCGGCAUCCGUCAUAUCAAAAGGCAGCGGCUAUUCUAAAGUCCAAAUUGCGACAGCUACGAAGGUGCUACUCUCUAUCUUCUACGAAGACGAGGCACUGUUGUCGCUGUAUAAACGCGCUAUAGAAGCCCAGAACAUCGGACCCGAAAGGCUUGAAAGGAACCUACGCCGACUGUUUCGAGCAUACGCAGGCCUCUUAGAAGGUGAAGCGACAGAGAGAUUAGAGCAUCUAGCAUCGCGGCUUGUGCGCGCAAAAUCGGCUUCUCUAGCAAAAUCGGUCAUCGAGAAAUUGCAAAUCGUCCAUGCAAGCACGGAGUUGUCUCCCAGCGAACGCAACAACGAAAGUUCUGACGAGGAGGAGGAUGGCGCUGAUUCACAUCCGGUUAAUGAAGACGCUUUCGAGGAUUUGGUGACCUUUCGACAGUUCUUAGUUGAGAGCGAAGCAUUCAAAACCUUUCACAAUCAACUACAAGCAUUUGUAAUACCUAAUCUGGCACCAGCGGAUCGAACUGAAACGGUGACAAAGGAGGCGUUGGGCUGCGACGACGAAGGUAUUGUCAAGCAUGACGUCCUGAGGUCGCCGGCUCAGUCAAAGACGAUGUCGACCUGGCACGAAUGGUUCAAAGAUGUUAGUCAAGCCUUGAGCAUGUCUUACAGCGAAGUAUUUGCACUUUUUCUUAUUGCUACCGGUUUCCAUCUGGAUCUGGGUACUUUGCUCUUUACUAUAGACCAUCUGUUAGUGAACAUGGGGCUUCUUGAGCCAGCAUUGGACCAAAACAAGACUCGCCUACGCUGGCGAUGUAAAUGUGGUGACUCCAUAUACAGCGACAUAAUGGAGCUUCGUGAAGGCGGUAUAGCUGAGCUAAUAGUCCGCAUGCAGCGUUCUCCUGGCGUUAGAGUACACGCAGCACCGUACAGCCACAAAUCUAGCAACCAGCAGUACAUUGUCCCGCGUCCUGAUCGAUGGCUCCGAAACGCAAUCACCAAACUAGGAAAGGUAUCUGGAGGAUCUUCGAAGUCUCCGCCGUCAUGUCUACCACAGCACAACUCGCCAUACGCAACAACCUCUUGCUCAACUUCUACUAACCCGUCUACUACAAAGAAAAUACUUCAUCUCUCAAUGUGCAUGCACCGUACUAGACGACGCAAGAUUGUCAAGCAAGACCGUGUCGAUGAAAUCACUACAGAUCGGACACUAUUGCGCUUCCUCCAGCGACAGUACGCCACUCACCGCGGCCGCUUUCUCAACAUCGCGCGGCUCAAAACGGUGCAAAGAAUCGUUUUUGUCAAGUUCCGCCUCCCAAUGGGAGGCAGUGUAGACGUACAGCACCACUUGUACUGCAUUGCCGACCCUGCGAACUGGAAAUACUGCGAAUGCACUCCACCUCCUAAUAAGGUCGGUGUGGAAUACGAGUACUCUCCAAGUCCACCCAAAACCCACCCUCCUAUUCCACCAGAGUACCUGGCGAGUCUAUUCACAUGCGCCACCGAUGUCCAUGAGGAGGACGAUUGGAUUCUCAAUCAACUACCAAAACGUACCUGUGGCGUUCUCCAGGGCCAGAAAGGACAGCCAGCGGAAGGAUGGGGUAUUUACUUCUUGGAGGGCUGGGAUCGUGAGAUCAUCUCUUUACUUAUCCUGUUCAUCUUUUUCCUAGCAAGCUUACUCUUUGGCGUUCUGUGGUGGAACUUCCAAUUUGAUCUACAAGGCGGGUUUGGUGUCUCUGCGUACAUGAUGGCUGUCUGUACGAUUGUCGUUUCUGUUGUUGUAACGCGGUUGGAGAACAAGGGAUAA